AUGGAGAAGCUCGUGAACCUCAUCUUCUUGGUCUUGUCAGCGUCCUGCGCUGCAGAGAACAUCACUGUGGUGUACGGGAUGGAGGGGGACACCAUUUCUAUCAACUGCACCUACAACCCCUGGCAGCAGCGGUGGAGGGAGAAGAGCUGGUGCAAGCAGAUCGAUGAGACCACGUGCCAACACGUGGUGAGCGCCCGGCGCUUCUGGCUGCCCUUCCUAAAGAACAGGAACGGCACCACCUCCAUCAGUGACAACAUCCACGACGGGGUCCUGACAGUGACCAUGAAGCGACUCAAGAAGAAGGAUGCUGGGUUGUACCAGUGCAGAACUGACUACCUGGGGGAAACAACCAGCCUGAGGAAGGUGAAGGUGGAAGUGCUGACAGCUGUAGCUGUCCUGGAGACCCAGAUGCCAGAGGAGCCCAGUGCUGUGCAGAGCAUCUCCAGCAUCCCUCCCGAAGCGGAUUUCACCAUCUUCUAUAUCAUUGCUGGAUUCCUGGUUACUAAAUUCAUGGUGGCUGUGCUGAUCUUUAUCAUUGGCAACAGCAGGAAGAGCAGAGGAAGAGAGCAGAAGAACCCAAACCUGAACGAGCAGUGGGUCGUCCCUUUCGCUGGUGACCUUGCACACGAUGGAAUCAGCCCCUCCUGGGAGAGCAGCGCUUAG